AUGGGGAUGACACCGUACGCGGGGAUGCUAUCGAAGUUUGCUUUGGGGAACAUAACCAUCUCCAACCCGUACGUGUCCGUGCGGCUCCGAUUCGAGGUCAUGAGGGUCCCGCAACCACUGAAGUCGCGCUCGAUUUGCGCAGCAGAGGCCUGGUUCCCGAACACCUGCUGGGCAACAGGCGCCAGGGUCGGGAAUUGGUUCUUGCCCUUGGUCGCCCACCAACCGAGCACCUCCUUAGGAUGCAGCUGACGAUGAUGAGCUUUGGUCGCGAGCUGCGGGGUCAUCGUUGUUGUUGCUGGGGGGGGGUGGUGUGUUGUUCAUGAGGGCGGCUGGUGCUGGUGCGCACCACCAGCUGUACGCUGUACCGAUUGAGUAGGGUGAAAUUUUUCAGAUUUAAUCGGCUUCAUGUGAUUGGCUGUGGGUCAGCAGUCCUCCCACGAACUUCCCCUGUCCGCAGGUGCUGUUGUUUUUUCGUGGUGCGCUGCGUGACAGCUGGCUGUGCAGCUUGCUUGAUGACAAGGGGCUGUCACUGCUGCUGCUGUUGAGUGUGCGUGCGUGCGUGCGCGUGUCCGUGUCUGCGUCGUUCACUCAACCCCAGCACACGAAACCGCACCACACCAGUACGGAGACAGGAAGUGAUUACUGUACACUGGUCGAAGACAGCCUCUGAACGAAGUGCUAUGUCGCGUUUCAAGCGUUCGGGAGAGA